UUUUACCACUCAUCACACUAUCGUAAGAAAACAAUGGCGGCGGCAGCUUCAAGCAGCAAGAGUGCGCCGAAAGGAGGCAAGAAAACGAACGAAGAAGUGAUCGCAGGGUUCCAGGCUCUCCGAGCGGAGCAGCGGCAGCUCGCCACCAAGAUCUCCGAGCUGGAGAUGGACCUCAACGAGCACAAGAUUGUGUCAGAGACCCUCGCCGGGGUGGAGGGCACUCGGCGCUGCUUCCGCAUGGUGGGCGGCAUCCUGGUGGAGAGCACGGUGGCGGACGUGCUGCCCGAGCUGGAGGGCACAAGGCAGAGGCUGCCGGAUGCCAUCACUGCACUCACAGCACAGCUGCAGGAGAAGGGCAAGCAGAUCAAUGAGUACAUAGAGACGCACAACAUCCGCAUCCAGAAGGGGUCGGAGCCGCCCGCGCCGGAGCCCGCCGCCGCCGCCGACCGCAACAAGAAUGUGCUAGUGGCCAGCGCGUGAGACCGGAGACAAU